CUCAACUUCCAGCAGAGAGGAGGAGGAGAGAGGAGAGGAAACAAGGACCCAGGAAAAGAAGAAAAAAAACAGAAGAAGAGACCAAGUGUUUGGAGUAUGAACACAUUCACAUUCCCGGUUUUCCUGUUGGCGCUGGGCUGGCUCGUGUGUGAAGGAGGUAACCCAUGCUGCUCAGAGCCAUGCCAGAACAAGGGCGUCUGCAUGGCACUCGGAGCAGAGGAUUAUGAGUGUGACUGCACACGGACGGGCUUUCAAGGAAAAAACUGCACAACGCCCGAGCUCCUCACACGGAUCAAAGUGGCCCUGAAGCCUUCGCCCAACACCGUCCACUACCUUCUCACCCACUUCAAGGGCUUCUGGAACAUCAUCAACAACAUCUCAUUUCUCCGCGAUGCCAUCAUGAGCUAUGUGCUGACAUCCCGAUCCCACAUGAUUGAUAGUCCUCCAACUUUCAACGCGGAUUAUGGCUACAAAAACUGGGAGGCCUAUUCCAACCUCUCCUACUACACGCGCACCCUCCCCCCUGUACCUGAGGAUUGCCCAACACCCAUGGGAGUAUUAGGUAAAAAAGAGCUUCCUGAUGCCAAAGUUUUGGCGGAGAAGCUCCUGAUGAGGAGACAGUUCAUCCCGGACCCGCAGGGCACCAGCCUGAUGUUUGCAUUCUUUGCCCAGCAUUUCACCCACCAGUUCUUCAAGUCCGACAUGAAGAAAGGACCUGCUUUCACCCUGGCUCAAGGCCACGGGGUGGACCUCAGCCACAUUUACGGAGGCAACCUGGAGAGGCAACACAAGCUCAGACUCUUCAAGGACGGCAAGCUUCGAUAUCAGAUCAUGAACGGAGAGGUGUACCCCCCGACAGUAAAGGAAGUGGGCGCUGACAUGCACUACCCUCCUCACGUACCAGAAUCUCACCGCUUCGCUGUCGGCCACGAGGCUUUCGGCCUGGUCCCGGGUCUGAUGAUGUACGCCACCAUUUGGCUGCGGGAGCACAACCGGGUGUGCGAUGUGCUGAAGGAGGUGCACCCCGACUGGGACGACGAAAGACUCUUCCAGACCUCACGGCUCAUCCUGAUUGGUGAGACCAUCAAGAUCGUGAUCGAGGACUACGUGCAGCAUCUGAGCGGCUACAACUUCAAGCUCAAGUUCGACCCCGAGCUGCUCUUCAACCAGCGUUUCCAGUACCAGAACCGCAUCGCCUCAGAGUUCAACACACUGUACCACUGGCACCCGCUGAUGCCUGAAACCUUCCACAUCGAGGAAACCGAUUACAACUACAAACAGUUUGUCUUCAACACGUCUGUGGUGACCGAGCACGGCAUCGGCAACCUGGUGGAGUCAUUCACCAAGCAGGUUGCUGGACGGGUUGCAGGCGGCCGUAACGUCCCUCCAGCUAUCAUGUACGUGGCCAUUAAGUCCAUAGAGAACAGCAGAAAGAUGCGUUACCAGUCCCUGAAUGCCUACAGGAAACGAUUCAACAUGAAGCCCUACACCUCUUUUGAAGACAUGACAGGAGAGACCGAAAUGGCUGCAGUGCUGGAAGAGAUGUACGGAGACGUCGACGCCGUGGAGCUUUACCCGGGCCUGCUCAUCGAGAAACCCAGGUCUAACUCCAUCUUCGGUGAGACCAUGGUGGAGAUGGGGGCCCCUUACUCCCUCAAGGGUUUAAUGGGAAACCCCAUCUGCUCGCCGGAGUACUGGAAGCCCAGCACCUUCGGCGGAAGCGUGGGAUUCGACAUCAUCAACACCGCAUCCCUGCAGAGGCUCGUGUGCAAUAACGUGCAGGGCCCCUGUCCCGUGGCGUCCUUCCACGUGACGGACAUUAAAGAGACGGGCUCCAUGAUCAUCAACUCAAGCACGGCCCAGUCACGCAGCAGUGACAUCAACCCUACAGUCAUUCUGAAAGAAAGGAGUACUGAGCUCUAAUUUCUUAUUUCAUUCGGUUAUUUUAUAUAUCUAUAUAUGUAUUUAUUUAUUUAUUUAUUCUUAUUGUCAUAUUUAUUGUUAACUCUAUUUAUAGCAUUAAAAUGAAAAAGUGAUAACAGAUUUUUUUAUGUGGAACUUUGUGUUUUUUUUCUUGUCUAGUUUUCAAGAACAAAAGCCUGUGGUUGUUAAUUUAUUGAGCGAUUUAUUGUAUUCUAAGUUUAUUACUGUAAAAGUUGAUUUAAUGACUUCAGUCACUACAACUUGAUACUUGAAGAUUAGUUUACAGUUUCCAGCAGACGUCAUGACACUGCUCUCCACAGAUGAACUGCUGCUCUCCCACUUAUGUCCAUGCAAGUGUGUGGUUGUCCAGUCACCACAGUGAGCUGUUCACCCCACAGCAAUACAGUCGUACACUAUAGUAGUGAUGUUACACUCUCUUGAUCUGAUGUUACAAACAGUAGUGGUAACCAUAUCAGUAUUGUUUUACAGAUUUCUUUUUUCAGGCUGUUUAUUGACUGCGUCUGAGCUGCACUGUUUUAUAAUAUUUUCAUGCCAUUCUAUGAAAGUGUUUGAUUUGAUUGUAUGGGGCAGUUUGUUGCCAAUUCUGUUACAAAUACCUUGUUGACCUGCAACUUUGAAACUAAUAAAUACUACUAGGAAAUUA